GAAUGACUUUCAUUUUAGGGUAUUUCUAUUUCUACUACUUGCUGCUGCAACUUCAAUACUCAUUUCUUCUCUUUCUAGCUUAUAAGCUAUGGUGGAUAAACCAUAGAAACAGCUUCUGAAUUUUUCUCUUACAAGUGAUGUCAAGUUCAAGAGAAGAUAAUUAUCAAGCAAAAGAAGAAGAAGGUAAUAAUAAUAGUAUGAAUAACAUUGAGAAAAGUUCUAAAGCAGCUUCAAGUAGUUCAAGACAAUGGUCAUCAUCAAGUUUAAGAAAUCCAAGAAUUGUGAGAGUAUCAAGAACAUUUGGAGGCAAAGAUAGGCAUAGCAAAGUUUGCACAAUAAGAGGAUUAAGAGAUAGAAGGAUUAGGCUUUCGGUUCCGACCGCAAUUCAAUUGUAUGAUCUUCAAGACAAGCUUGGUUUAGGACAACCAAGCAAAGUUAUAGAUUGGCUACUCGAAGCAACGAAAUUCGAUAUUGAUAAACUUCCUCCACUUCAAUUUCCUCAAAGCUUUUCGCAAUUUCAUCAUCAUGUUCUUCCACAAACCCUACUUCCUUUUCAUGAUCAUCAAUCAAGUAAUGUUUUGUCUCAUGAGCUUUCUCUUGGUCCUUUGUAUGAUCCUAACUCUUCUACAUUUGUUGGAAUUCAAAAUCUCAUGGCAAGAUCGAAGUUUUGGGAUGUCGAUUCGACAAGAGAGAAUAAAGGUAAAGAGGUUGAAAGAGAGUACUUUUGUGAAAAGGGUAAGUGGAUCAAAACAAAUGAUGAAGAGAAUCAAGUUGGAGAAGCUAGUUACAACAAUUUUCAUCAAGUUUCAACUCAAAAGCUUUUUCCUAUGGAGACUCAUUCUAAUUUUCUUAAUAAUGCUAUGUCAUAUAACAACAACUACCAUUCAGAAGCUUCUACUUUGUCUUUAUCUCAAUUUGGAAGUGGUAAUGGAUUGUUCCAACCUCAUCAACAUCAAGUAGAUCCAAAUCAAAGUAAUGGAAAUGCAUUUCAAUUUCCAUUUUCUUUUCAAAAUUCACAACUAUUGUUUGGUCCUUCUUCAUCUACUACACAACCAUCAUCAUCACUUUUGAACAAUCCUUUUAUGAGCCACUCAAUUGAAAAUGAUCCAAGAGUACCACCAUUCAACCAUUUUCAAUUCUCAAACUCAAGUUCUUCUCAACCUAUGCCUCAUUCUCUCAUUCCAUCUUUCCAUCACUCAUUCAAUUCGCCUCCCGUAAGACCUUUUCCGAUUCCAUUUAGCUCGAAGCUUCUCGACUCAGAUAACAAUGACAAUAGCAACCAGCUGGAUGAUAGGGAUUGUCGCGAUCGCUCUUGAAACUCGUUUUUGAUUCUAUGAUGCAAAUGUGGUGUGAGCAAGCAACUAGUACUUGGUGUGGUCCAUGGACAUAUAAUCUUCAUAGCAAAGGUAAAUGAGGAUACAUGCUUAUAUGGAUCUAAAUCGCGGUUUCAGUUAUAUUGCGACCGCAAUUACAGUUGCAGACUGCAAUUUAGCAUAUGCAUUUUAGUAAGUAAGGAAAAAUGCUAUAUUUUGUGUGUGAAUCAUUGUGAUUUUUGUGAUACACAAAUUUUAGCUUUUUGUAUUUUAUGUUAGUAGUAAUGACCUAUGGUUUGAAUCCUAUUCAUCCUUCUCAAACUCUUUGA